ACAAUCAACCCCAUCGCGGAGUUCGAAGACUAUCCCACUACCCUGAUUCCAUACGUCCGUGGAGAAACAGAGAGUCUAGAUUUCGCCAGUAUAGAAAUUAAGGCUUCGUUCUGGGAAUCCAUCUUUAGAGGCAUCAAUCAUCUUACUUUCUUGGGACGGACACGCUUGCUUCAUCGUCCAAGGGAAAAGGAAACACUCGUCCCAAGAUAGAUGACUUCCUUCAAGCGAAGAUUGAUUCCGGGGAGAUCUAAAGCGAGCCCCUUUUGGAGAGCCGUGUUGCAUUUGUCAGGAGUUGGAGGUAGGAUUAAUACUGGAGAUGAUGAAGAACUGCCUGAAGACGAAGAGGAGCUCUAUUUUGAACAUGGAGUUGCUGGAAGGAGGAUCAAGGCCAAAUCUGCCAGAGAGUCCGCCACAUCUACAACUACCCAACUUAAGGCUUCUAGUACCGCUUAACCAUAUCCUCAAAGCGCCAUCCUUGGUCCUCCCUUUUGGCUUAGGUCUAGCGACGCUUAAAGCAGCACGAAGAGUAAAACAGCUCUCAUGAAUUUAUUUAUAGAGAUCUUCCUAGGUGGUCGUUACGUACGUUAGUCCCUUCAUCCAAGAACGGUAGCUAGCUCACUUCAGCAGGGAUGCCAACGCGGAGGUAGCUCUAACCCUCCCAUCACCAAGAAAAAGGACGCUCGUACUGUUGGUACAAAUCUCUUCGCUGCCGUUGCUGAACUGAAACGUUGCGUAGCUGGUGACAAGAUCGAGUAUUUGGAACAAGUGAAUGCGGACUGCUUUUUUCUCAUUGGAGCUUUGGAGCAGCAUGGGUA